AUGAAACUACUGCAACGAGGUGAUGAUGGCAGCUACAGCCUAACCCAGAACCUCUCCUCCGACAACAUUGCCCCCUACGCAAUUCUAUCCCGCACUUGGGGGCAAGAUGAGGUGGUCUUCGCUGACCUGGCGAAGGCGGCGAAUCAUUGGCAACGGAAGGCUGGUUACAGCAAGAUCAAGUUCUGUGCGGAACAAGCGGGACGCCAUGAUUUGCGACAUUUCUGGGUCGAUACUUGCUGCAUCGACAAGUCCGACAGUAUAGAGCUUCAGACUGCGAUCAACAGCAUGUUCCGAUGGUAUCAAAACGCGAAAAGAUGCUAUGUCUAUCUAGCAGAUGAUAUGGCCUUCCGAAACAGCAGAUGGUUCACACGUGGGUGGACACUCCAAGAGCUCAUCGCCCCGACAUCAGUAGAUUUCUAUUCGAAAGAAGGGGUUUGGUUAGGCGAUAAGCAGUCACUAAAUCAUUUAAUCCGCGAUGUUACCGGCAUUCCUGCGCGUGCUCUCUAUGGCACCCCAUUGUCUAACUUCACCAUUAUGGAACGUGAAGCAUGGGUCCACAAUCGCCAAACAAAAUUUGAGGAGGAUAUCGCGUAUUCGCUCCUUGGGCUAUUCGACGUUCACAUGCCCUUAGUCUACGGCGAGGGGCGAGAGAAGGCACAGAGACAGCUGCGAGAAGAAGUCCAGAAAGCUGUAAAGGGAGCGCGAACAAACGAUUUCUCUGUUACCUUUAGUCUGUCUAACGUCCCUGAGACCCAACAUUUCGUCGCACGAGAAAGUGAAAUAGCAGAAAUACGCAAAGCAUUAAGCUCGGAUGGAAGCCGUCGCGUCGUUGUCCUCCACGGUCUCGGCGGUAUCGGAAAGACACAACUCGCCGUCGCAUAUAUAAAGCGGUAUCGAGAUGAAUAUUCUGCCAUAUUCUGGUUUAACAUUAAGGACGAAGCGCAGAUUCUACAACAACAUCCUGAUACUAGCCGCUUAAGUGUACUAAACUUACAACAAAAUCAAGAAGAGUUAGUCGAAGCUGUUAAGGCAUGCUCGAAUCGACGGACGAUAGUCUCGAGAUUUUAUUAUCAACCUCAGGCCGAGAUAGUUGACAAGAUGCUAUUAGAGGCGGAAAACAUGAAUUUACGGGCGCUUCGAGGGUAUGAGAAGGCGUGGGGACCGGAUCACAUAUCGACACUAGACACGUCGUGGGGAUCGGAUUACAUAUCGACACUAGACACGGCCGAGGACAUGUAUUUACGGUCGCUUCGAGGGUAUGAGAAGGCGUGGGGACCGGAUUACAUAUCGACACUAGCUACGGUGAACAACCUAGGGAACCUUUACAAAGACCAAGGCAAGCUACAAGAGGCCGAGGACAUGUAUUUUCGGGCGAUUCAAGGGUAUGAGAAAACUAUUGGCGCGCAGAACAUGAAAAGAUACCAGCCAGCAAUCACCACUAUGUGGGGCCUCGGAGCUUUACUAUGGGAGCAGGGCAAAGCAGUCGAGUCCAGAAUAUAUUAUCAACGUGCUUACGACAAUCUUGAAGCGAUACUCGGACCUUUACAUAGAGACGUUCGAUCAUUACAAAAUGUUCUACGAGAAUUGAACGAGACAACAGCGGGUGAGUCCAAGAGGUGA